CUGCCGCCCGCUGGGCUCCGGUGCGGGCCCUGGCCCGACCGGGACGGCCCCGGCCCCUGCCCCUACCCCUACCCCUGGGGCUGGCCCGGCAGGUAAGGGUGGCAGCGGCGGAGGCAGCCCCGGGCCCACGGCGGGACCGGAGCCCCUGAGCCUGCCCGGGAUCCUGCACUUUAUCCAGCACGAGUGGGCGCGCUUCGAAGCCGAGAAAGCCCGCUGGGAGGCCGAGCGUGCCGAGUUGCAGGCUCAGGUGGCCUUCCUCCAGGGAGAGAGGAAGGGGCAGGAGAAUCUGAAGACGGACCUGGUGCGGCGGAUCAAGAUGCUGGAAUAUGCGCUGAAGCAGGAACGGGCCAAAUAUCAUAAACUCAAGUUUGGGACAGACUUGAACCAGGGGGAGAAGAAACCGGAGCUGUCGGAACAAGUCUCCAACGGCCCUGUGGAGUCGGUCACCCUGGAGAACAGCCCACUCGUGUGGAAGGAGGGCCGGCAGCUGCUCCGACAGUACCUGGAAGAGGUGGGCUACACGGACACCAUCUUGGACAUGCGGUCCAAGCGUGUGCGCUCCCUGCUGGGCCGCUCGCUGGAGCUCAACGGGGCCGUGGAGCCCAGUGAAGGGGGCCCUAGAGCCAUGCCCGGCCCUGGGGUGCUGAGCGGGGGCGAGUCGCUGCUGGUGAGGCAGAUCGAGGAGCAGAUCAAGAGGAACGCGGCGGGCAAAGACGGCAAAGACCGUUUGGGCGGCUCCGUGCUGGAGCAGAUCCCCUUCCUGCAGAGCUGUGAGGACGAGGACAGCGACGAGGACGACGAGCUGGACAGCGCGCAGCCCAAGAAGCAGCGCGUCAAGCUCCCCUCCAAGGCCCUGGUGCCUGAUAUGGAGGACGAGGACGAGGACGACUCGGAGGACGCCAUCAACGAGUUUGAUUUCCUGGGCUCUGGGGAGGAUGGAGAGGGGGCUCCAGACCCCCGGCGUUGUCCUGGAGAUGGGAACCACCGUGAGCUGGAAAGCCGUCGGGUCAAACUCCAGGGAAUCUUGGCAGACCUUCGUGAUGUGGAUGGGCUACCUCUGAAAGUGACAGGCCCGCCCCCAGGCACCCCCCAGCCCCGGCCCCACGAAGGUUCCUUUGGCUUCUCCUCAGACGUUUUCAUCAUGGACACAAUCGGGGGCGGGGAGGUGAGCCUGGGGGACUUGGCAGAUCUCACCGUCACCAACGACAAUGACCUCAGCUGUGAUCUGUCUGACAGCAAAGACGCCGUCAAGAAGACGUGGAGCCCCAAGUUCACCCUGCGCUCCCACUACGACGGCGUCCGCUCCCUGGCCUUCCAUCACAGCCAGUCGGCACUGCUCACUGCCUCGGAGGACGGCACGCUCAAGCUCUGGAACCUGCAGAAGGCGGUCACAGCCAAAAAGAACGCUGCGCUUGACGUGGAACCUAUCCAUGCCUUCCGGGCCCACAGGGGCCCUGUGCUGGCAGUAGCCAUGGGCAGCCACAGCGAGCACUGUUACAGUGGGGGUGCGGACGCCCGCAUCCACAGCUGGAAGAUGCCCGACCUCAACAUGGACCCCUAUGACGGCUACGACCCAAGUAUGCUGAGCCAUGUCCUGGAGGGCCACGGGGAUGCCGUGUGGGGCUUGGCCUUCAGUCCCGCCUCCCGCCGCCUGGCCUCCUGCUCUGCUGACGGCACUGUCCGGAUCUGGGACCCCAGCAGCAGCAGCCCGGCCUGCCUCUAUACCUUCUCCACAGCCAGCGAGCACGGGAUCCCCACCUCAGUGGCCUUCACCAGCACCGAGCCUGCCCACGUAGUGGCCUCCUUCCGCUCUGGCGACACCGUGCUGUAUGACCUGGAGGCUGGCAGCGCCCUGCUCACGCUGGAGUCCCGGGGGAGCAGCGGCCCCACCCAGAUCAACCAGGUGGUGAGUCACCCACACCAGCCCCUCACCAUCACCGCUCAUGACGACAGAGGCAUCCGCUUCCUGGACAAUCGGACCGGGAAAUCCGUGCACUCCAUGGUUGCCCACCUGGAUGCCGUGACCUGCCUCGCCGUGGACCCCAACGGCGUGUUCCUAAUGUCAGGAAGUCAUGACUGCUCCCUGCGCCUGUGGAGCCUGGACAACAAGACGUGUGUCCAGGAGAUCACGGCCCACCGCAAGAAGCACGAGGAGGCCGUGCACGCGGUGGCCUGCCACCCCAGCAGGGCCCUCAUCGCCAGCGCUGGCGCCGACGGCCUGGCCAAGGUCUUCGUAUGAUGCCUGCCGGGCCCCGCCCUGGCCGCGCGCUGCCUGGGGACCGGGGCCGGGCCAGCAGGGCCCAGGUGAGGGG